GUAUGAGUCAAGACCCACGGGGGGUUUUUAAAAACAUGCAUGUCGUCUAAGAGAACCCCACAUCCUCAUGUGAGACGAACAAACGCCCAACUAAAAAAAAGACAAACUAUGAAAACCUAUGGUACUACUUAACCUCAACCGAGCGCAGAUGUAAACUAUUCAAAAUCAGGAUGCUUGUUCCUCCAUUUGUCUGCUGCGAAUAAAGCUGCUAUAAGGUUUUAAUUGUAGGUUAUCAUAAGUGACCGCGAUUCUAAAUAAGGACAAGCUUUCAAUCAGGAGAUCGGAGGAUGAAAGGGUUAUUUGAAACGAGUGGUUGAGGGGAAAGGUUGUACUCCAAACAGAUCUGUUGACCAACUUUCGCGCAGGAGAGAUGCUGCCUGCGCCGAGCUCGCAGUUUUACAGAAGGAGCUGCAGCUUAGUGAAGCGGACUCGCCUCUAAUUAAUAAAGCAAACGAGGGGACAUCCAGGACAAUUUUACGCGCCUCAUAAAAUGUUAUCCCUUAAAGACUUUAAACGAAUUUGUCGCGGCUCGUCUGUGACUUUUUGGAAUCCGCAUAUGAUCUGAUUUUUUUUUUCUUCGAAGACUUCUGCAUAAAAACUACGUAUAAAAGGAGGAAGAAGAGCGGAAAAUUAUAGUAAUAUUGACACUUGUGAUUCGGGUGUGAAGAGCUCAGGCACAGCUGUCCAGAUGCAGUUUCGACUUUUCUCUUUGGCUCUUAUCGUCCUGAACUGCGUGGAUCAUAGUCACUGUCAGCCGCACCACUGGAAAAGGAGCAAAAGAGCCAGCAAUGCCGCCUCCCCCAUCUGCAGGGGCUGUGCCUUCUGCUCCAAUGACAACGGCUGCCUGACCUGCCAGCCGCGGCUCUUCCUCUUCCUGCGCCGCGAGGGCAUGCGGCAAUAUGGCGAGUGCCUGCACGCCUGCCCGCCGGGAUUCUACGGCCUGCGUGGGCCGGACUUCAGCAUCUGCUCCAGGUGUCGGCUAGAGAACUGUGAGUUCUGCUUCAGCAAGGACUUCUGCACGAAGUGCAGGGCGGGGCAGUACCUGCACAGAGGCCGGUGCUUUGAGGAGUGCCCUGCAGGUUUAGCCCCUCUGGAGGACAGCAUGGAGUGUGGCGAUGGCUGUGAGGUUGGUCCGUGGAGCGACUGGGGCACUUGCACCCGGAGGAACAGAACCUGUGGAUUCAAAUGGGGCCUGGAGACCCGCACCCGGCCCAUCGUCAAAAAGCCCCCCAGGGACUCGAUACCCUGCCCCACCAUAGCCGAGUCCCGGAGGUGCAGAAUGCCCAAACGACACUGCCGAAAAGGGUCAGGGAAACAACGUUCCAAACAUCAGGACAGUUCCUCUACGAGGAGAGACUCAAAAAGGAAGUCACAGAAGAGUCUACGGGCCCAGGCACAGGACCAGCACAGCGCUCACCUGUCUACGGCUAGGCCACGCCCCCGUCACCGCCGAUUCGCCAGCUGGGACAAGGCCGCCGCCCCUCAGUGCCAGGCUCCUCUGUCCCAGUAACCUCGCGGGCCCCGGCUGUCCAUCUGUGGCGCACAAAUCCGGCGGCAUCGCUCUCUGUGAUCUUGAUUCUGAGAAGGUGAAUUGCGGCGAAACAGCGCUGGCCUGAUAACCCAUCAGAAAUGAGGACAGGAAGAAGCCUGAUAAGCCCAGCACUGCGACUUAGGGGGGGAGUGCAGAAUGUCAUACAGGAAACCAAAGGAUCGAAAUGGAGCCAAGAAAUGGGGGCAUUUGUAUAAACAUAUUUUUUCUGAUGGAGAUAGUUUCAUAUACAGCCCUUAUGUUUAUAAUAAUAUGUACAUUUGAGAAUAAUGUAUACAGAAACCAUCCAUAGGCUGCAGUGUAUGUUUUUUUUUUCUCAGCACAUAAAAUGAUUACUUCAAACUGCUUUUUGCUGUUAAUGUACAUUGUGGAAAUUCUGUCCUUUGGCUAAGCAUGGCAAUUCUGUUGUGUACAAAGUGCUGAGUAGGUGCUUAAAUAUUCUUAAAAAUGAAAAGUUUUUUCAGUACUUCCGCUGUGUUCAGAAUGUAUAAACAUUAAAAUUAUAAUAUGCAAACACAUAGCAGCCACAUUUAUACCAUUUGUAUGGUAUCUGGGAAUUAUUUAUUUUUUUUAACUGUGUUCUUUUUUUUUCUUUUUUUUUGAAUGUUUGUAGAACAUUCUUUC